AUGGAAUCCGCCGUGUUCAAGACUUUGGUGCAGGUCGAGUCGGGUCAGAGCAAGCUCCCAGCACGACCGGAGCGAGCUGUAUCCCGCACGUACCCUGCCGCCCCUCACGCAGAAGAGGACAGGAUUGAACUGCAGCACUUCUCUCCGACUCGUUCAAGCGCGACGACGCCGAGAACCGAGGCCGCUGGCUUCUAUGUCGAUGUAUCUCGUCCUCGCACCCCAAGUCAGUCAGACGAGGUUGGGACAGAUGGCGUCGGCGCGCUACAGAGCGUCUGGGAUCCAUACAUGAACCGCUUCAGACUGGCAGCUUGCUGUCUGAUGAACUUUCUGAGUGGCUUGAACGACUCUGCGCCCGGAGCGUUGAUCCCAUUCAUGGAGACCUACUACAACAUUGGCUACGCCAUCGUCUCUCUCAUCUUCAUCGGCAACGCCAUCGGCUUCAUCACCGCAGCGCCCUGCAUCGACACCCUGCGCGCGCGUCUCGGCCGUGCCAAAACCCUCGCCCUCAGCCAAAUCCUUAUGGCACUAGCCUACGUUCCCAUCGUGUGCACCGCCCCGUUCCCAGUCAUCGUCGUCUCCUUCUUCCUCGCCGGCUUCGGCCUAUCGCUCAACCUGGCCAUCGGCAACGUCUUCUGCGCCAACCUAGCCAACGGGACGACGAUGCUGGGACUUAUGCACGGAAGUUAUGGUGUGGGAGGAACCAUUGGGCCCCUCAUCGCAACCGCCAUCGUCACUGCCGCAAAUCAGGUCUGGAGCCGGUACUACCUCCUGACUCUCGCCUUCGCGGCGUUCAACCUCGGUUUUGCGACUUGGUCCUUCUGGGACUACGAGAAGGAAGCGGGUCCUGACGCGAGCCUGCUUCACGAUUCCCCGCCCGGAACAAGACAGGUGUCCGCUAUUUUGGCAGCAUUCAAGUCCAAAAUCGUCCUCCUUGGCGCUCUGUUCAUCUUCUCGUACCAAGGAGCCGAAGUCUCCAUCUCCGGCUGGGUCAUCUCCUUUUUGAUUUCGUCCCGCAACGGCAGCCCGAGCGCCGUCGGUUACGUCACUUCGGGUUUCUGGGGCGGCAUCACGCUCGGCCGCUUCGUGCUCUCGCCCCUAGGAUCCAAAAUGGGUGAGAGGUCGUUCGUGUAUGCCUGCGUGGUCGGGGCUACCGUAUUCGAGCUGCUCGUCUGGUGGGUGCCCAACAUAAUGGGAGACGCCGUCUCGCUGGCUAUCGUGGGGUUGCUACUGGGGCCUGUGUACCCGUGUGCGGCGGCUGUUUUCACGAGGAACCUGAGUCGGCAGGAGCAGGUCAGUGGGUUGGGGAUUAUUAGUGCCUUUGGCAGCUCUGGGGGUGCCGUUGCGCCUUUCACGACGGGUAUUCUGGCACAGGCUGUGGGGACAUUUGUGUUGCAUCCGAUUGCGAUUGGGCUUUUUACUGUUAUGCUGGGUUGCUGGUAUGGUAUUUCUGUCAUGAGGAAGAGGACUGAGUAG